CUCCGUUCCAUCAACGGAGCCCUAUCUGCGACAAUCACCUAUAUAUCUCCCAUUUAAUAUUAUGCAAGAUCCCACCACCGCGGCUUGCCAAACGACUUAGGGAUUUUCCAUGGCAAAGUGCCUAGAAAUCGCAUAGUGAUGGAAAGAGAUUACUGCUUCCGGUGGGCCAUAGUGAGAGGGGAUAUGAUCGGCGGCCCUGUUUUUCAAUCUAAUCGUAAAUGGCUCAGGAGCAAGUUCCUUGAGAUCAUUUAAAGACAGGCCGGAUUCCGGAUUGCGUGCUUCAAUCCUCUUCUUUUUCCUUUGGCCUUUUCUCCAAUACGUCAAGACUAUUCUAGCCAAACCUCGCCACCAGUGGAUAAGAAAAGGUAGAAAAAAAUACCCAAAGAUGCAACUCACGACGAUUCUGGGGCUCGCGGUCCUCCCGCUAGUAACCCGUCUUACUUCAGCACAGGGGGCAUCCGGUAAUGGAGAGACGACGCGAUACUGGGAUUGCUGCAAGCCGAGUUGCGGCUGGUCGGCGAAGACGAACAGCGGAAAGCUGAUCGGAACGUGUAGCAAGUCGGAUCAACCACUGAACGACAACGGAGCGACUAAGAGUGGAUGCGACAAUGGCGGUUCGGCCUAUAUGUGUAGCAACCAGAGCCCCUGGGCUGUCAACGAGACCCACAGCUACGGCUGGGCUGCUGUUCGUAUCCAAGGCCAGACCGAGACUACCUGGUGCUGCGCCUGCUAUGAACUCACCUUCACCAGCGGUCCCGUCAGCGGAAAGAAGAUGAUCGUCCAGGCUAGCAACACUGGUGGUGAUCUAAACCAAAACCACUUUGAUCUUGCUAUCCCCGGUGGUGGUGUCGGUCUCUACAACGCGUGCACGGACCAGUACGGUGCUCCUUCCAACGGAUGGGGUGAACGAUACGGAGGUAUCUCAUCGCGUGAGGCUUGUGAUUCAUUCCCUGCCGCCCUCAAGGAUGGAUGCUACUGGCGAUUUGACUGGUUUGGCGGCGCCGACAACCCGGGCGUUUCCUUCAAGCAGGUUGCUUGCCCUACUGCUCUUGUCGCUAAGAGUGGUUGCUCGCGCAACAACGAUGCCAUCGACGAGACUCCUGUCGGUCCUAGCAGUGUCAGCACAUACACAGCUGCCGCUACAGCCACCGGUAGCGCUAGUUUCUAAGCUAGGCACCUAUCUAUACAUAGUGUGUGGUCAAAUAGCGAAGACAUAUGGUGAUAUACCGAUGGGGUAGGGUUGGCAUGAGGAGACGGUGGAUAUAUGUAUAUAGUUGAUAGACGCUCAGCGUGGAAAGUACAUACUUAUACAGCUUCGUGCAUGGCUUUCGAUGUCUACCUUCCAACCCCCUAUAUCCAUCCUACUUCUAUUGGUUAGAAUAACCAUGUAUGGUGUCUCCGAGUUGGUUCUAAUUCG